AUGAGAAAAGUGAAAAAGAGUGUUUCAUAUUUCAAGCUGGAACGAAGGUACCAGCACAACUACAAAGCUUGCUCGGUCGAGGCACUUCACGUUCGUCUCGGAUACUCCGAUAGACUGCACAUCAACCUAAUUGCCUACAACAACAACAACAUGCACAACAUCACCUCAUUGAAAUCAUUCCACAGUGUCAUUCUCGAUUAUAGGGAUAUCUUGAUGAAGGUUAACCGAAAUGCGUACGUCACUAACGCAUACUUAGCUGAGCUAGCUGUAGUCAAGCAGCCGAUAUAUGGGAGGCUGAUAUCGGCUGAGUUUAAUAGCCAGGUUUUGAAAUUUAGACUGAAUGAUGUUGUUUUUAAACAGAUAUAUUACCAAAGUGAUGAUGGCCUAUCUUAUGAUGAUGACGACAAAACUGAUAAUUUCAUCAUUUUGUUCAGUAAUUCGUCUAAUAAUCUCAUGCAUCGCCAGUUUAAGAACGCAUGUUCGUUGGAGCUUUUUAAUUUCAGCGUAAAACAGGCCAGUCACAAGUCGAAACUUCGUCUAACCAUCGGAAACAAAUCUCUCGUUAUAAAUACUGACCAGAGGUAUGCCUCUAUCAACGAGACUAUGUUGAAUGUGGGUGAGGAAGAGAAGGUCAGAUUCGUUGUUGUACAAUCACCAGUUUGGGGAAGAAUCGUUAGAGCGAGUAAUUUGAGAAAAAUCAGGAAUCAAUUUCAACAGCAGAAAUUGUUUAAAAGUUUAGCUAACAAUUUCACCUACACCAAUCCUGUUGUAGAAGUCGGUGAUAAUAAAAAUGUUAGACCAACUCCACAGAACAACGUUAAUCCAAGAUCGCAUCAUCAAAAGUUUCAUCACAGAACUCUUUCCACUUUCAGUUAUUCAGAUUUCAAGAGCGGCAAAAUUUUUUACUUGCUGGGCAGCUUGAACGUCGGCAGAGGAAUUGAGAAGUUGACUGAUUCGUUUCGAUUGUACGCUACAAAUGACAUCAGUAACUCCACAAUUGGUCAGAUAUUUAUUGACAUUUCAGUGCCGAACCAACAACAAACUCUCAUCAAAAAGAGAAAUAACAGAAACGCAAACCAUCUGCAGUUAGUCGGAAUCAACAAAAAAAGGAAAAACAAAGUGCUCGGAGCCGCCGCUAAAAAAAAUAAAAGCAACAUCCAUCCACUUUCAUUGUACAAACACGACGCUCAAAAAUCGCAAAUGAAAAAGAAAUCUGGUCUAGUGUUGAAGGUUGAAAACAUAAUCGUACCCAGGGGAGGUAGGAAACAGUUUGUGGUCUCCUACUACAAGCCCACUCAGAAGAGGAGGUCCAUGUUUGAAUCGAAGCUUUUCCUAGACCGGCCACCAUCGCAUGGCCACCUGAUUCUUUUGAACCCCUCGAAAAAAGAUCAAAAGGGUAGAAAUAUUAGAUCCUCGCUUAAUUACAACCAGAAUGAAAAUUCAGCUUUGCCAGCACUGAGAAACAGCAGGGAGAGGAAUAAAAUUUUUAAUAAUCUGACGAACGGACGCUUGAGACCAGGAUCGAAUAAUUAUUUUCACGACAUCAAGCUUAUGGAUUCAUCCAACAAAAUACGACUGCUGUACAAUCACGACGGCUCAGAUUCAGACGAAGAUAAUUUCAUUCUGUCUCUUCUAAAUGAUCUCAAAAACAUCAAAAAAACUGUGAACGUCAGAGUUGCUCAGAAAACGUACAAGCCAGUCAAUAGAAAAACCGUGGUGAUCAACGAUCUGAUAAUAAGAAAGGACCAAUCCACCACACUGAACACCUCGUACAUAUUUGUUAACGACAGUUCGCUGCAGCCACACGAGAUUGAAUACGAGAUGACCAGACUGCCAGCGAGAGGCUAUUUGAAGGUGCUCCAUCAAAAUAUCGACACUGAUGGCUAUCUGACGGGUUCUCCCAUGCAAAUAAACGACCAUUUCAGUCAGGUUGAUCUCAUUGAGAAUAAAGUUUUGUACGUUUACACACACGAAGGGACAGAGGAUGACAGUUGGGAGUUUAAAGUGAAUGGCGAUAAGCUGCCGUUUGUAAUCAACGUAAGCGUCUUAAACGCGUCAGUUGACAGAGUUAACUACUCACUGAUCAUCGAUAGUGAGGAUUUGGUUGACUGUUGGAAUAUGGAGGACGUCGCAAGUUACGUUAUGAAAAAAUUAAAACACUGUUUGCAGUGGAAGCUGUCUAAACCACCAUCUAACGGACAGGUCGGACAUUUUUCGGAUAAACAACAUUUUGUUGGUUCUGUAAACUUCGAUAAUAGCAAAAUAUGUUACAAACUUACUUCAAAGAGUACCUUCAAAGACGAGUUUGAAAUGAGAGUAGACGCUUGUAAUAAAUUUGAAAUAUUGACAAUUAACGUAUUUGUUGAACUGGAUAAAAGAAUCAGCGAUAUGUUCAAUAUGGUUCCUGUCUUAAAAGUUAACCUGCCUUUAAUGGUGAAACAUGGAAAGUUGAAAGAAAUCGGAAACUCAAAUUUGCGAGCAGAGAGUUCAUUAUUAAAUGCUUCGCAGGUGGUAUACACAAUUGUCAAUCCGCCGGUACACGGAAACAUUCUUUUACGAGGAGUGCCCGCCUGUAAGUUUAGCCAAGAAGAUGUGAACAUGAAAGAGGUGCAGUAUCAAAGCGUUGGAAUCGAUACCAUGGAAAUCGACUCCUUCUCAUUCAACAUAAUCACAGAGAACAGCAUGGAGCAGUCGGAACUGCUGAACAAUUUAACAAAAUCCAAAUCAGAAUUUGUCUUCACUGUCCUCAUACAGAAGAUCAUGUGGGUUGCCGCUAAUGUCAUUCAUCACGAUGUUGUUCAGCUGAGUGGCAGAUACAUCUUCAAACUCAACUCCACCUACCUAAAAGUCUCGCACUCAAGUUCAAGAAGCCAGGAUUUGGUAUUCCAUAUAAAAAAUGAGACACAACAUGGGCAUUUAAAAAAUCAGUUAACUGGAAAACACAUUCGCAAAAAGUUCACCCAGAAAGAUAUUGACGACGGCAAGCUCAUAUACGCACUCAUGAACAGCUCCAGUGGCACUUCUGACAGCUUCACAUUCUACGCUGCUGACAACGACAUGAACGUCAUUGACAAUUUGACAUUCGUAUUUCAGUGGUCUCUAAUAAACUUCCAGCACGAGAGAGUUAAAGUAUGCAAGCAUUCAAAGAACGCCAGCCUACCAAUCUUAAGGGAAGGAUAUUUGGACAGCCAAGUUGUGGUUGACAUCCAGACGAAGCCGCUGACCAGGAAGAGAUGGACCUCAUAUGGAAACAAAGUGACCAAUUCAACGGUCGUCAUGCAACCCGGAAUGGCUUCGGUCAACUGGUUUGUCCUAUUGAACGUGAACACACAGAAAGAUAAAGAAGAUGUCUUCAAAGUGGCUAUCGCAAGUGCCUCGAAGUCAAUCAUCGGCCCAAGAUAUGAAGUUGUUGUUCAGAUGUUAGGCCAGAAAGAAGAACCGUGCGUGAACGACGACACGAGUCUAUUGAUUGCAGAUCCAAAGGAAGACUUCCAAGUUAUUACUGACGAGGAAGACCUUUAUAGUACAGAUAUCGAUGAGUCGUACGAGAACUAUGAGGGCAGUGAAGAAAUUGAUGAUGAGGAAGAUGAGGAAGAUGAUGAUGAACUGGACGAGGUAAAGGCACCUAGGAAAAAAGAGAAUCUUGGAAAUGGUGGCUACUUGAGAGAAGAUUUGUCUUACUACAACGAAGAGACUGCAAAUGUAAAACGCCAGACAAACCAAAUUAGUUUAAAAAUCAACAACAAACCAGAAUUGCCACUGAUCAAAGAGCCAUGCGACGCCUCGAGAAUCAACGGCUCUCACGUCAUCUGGUCUACGUGGGAGCUCUUCAGAUGCAACGGAAAGCGAUGGGUCCGUAUCAAACUAGAGGAACAACCAAAAGUUAAAGGAGAAAAAGAAAUUGAUUCGGUUGACAACGAGAAAAAACUCUGCCCAAGCGGCUGGUACGUCUAUGGAGACCACUGCUUCUUCUUCAGCAGCGUCAAGAUGUCGUGGACUGACAGCAGAGAUGAGUGCGUGAGUGAGGGUGGAAAGCUGACGUUCAUCAGGGACAGAGGACAUCUGUCGUGGCUGUCGAACAUGAAUAACAGAGAAGCUUUCUGGAUCGGAUUGAGCAAUCACAAAGAAAAAAGACGAUGGGAAUAUUUACUCCAGGGAGAUCCUGCGAACACCUCUCCAUAUUUGAACUGGGCUCCUGGAAAACCCUGCACGGACUGCUCCAGAUUCAGGUGCGCCAUCGUCAACAGGAAACAACAAUUCACAGACAGACACUGUUACAAGGAUACUGCCAGAUACGUUUGUGCUAGCGGGACCAAACCAAAGAGACAUAACAGGCGAAAUUCUCAAAAACUUAAAAAUGCAAACAGGCAAACAAAAAAAUAUACAAACUACCAGAAAUAUAUAGGAACGUGAACUAUAUAAGGAGCGCGAUUCAGAUGAUUUGUACAUAUUUUUUCAAAUUAAUUUAUAUUUUCUACUCUUUUUUAUUAACCGUAUAUUUUAAAGUUUAACAUUUCGGCAGAAUUUUGAAUUCGUCAUUUUUCUCUCUUCAGUAAUUUAGACAGAACUUAACUUUCAAACUUUUUAAAGUUUUAUGUGUUAGAGUCAAAUGAAAUUAGAAGUUACAAAUCUCAACCAAUAAAACGCGUACAACACAAUUUACAAACACGCUAUCAACUUUUUUUUCUUAAUAAAAUGGAAUUAAAUGAUCUAAUAAAUAUUGACUGUAUAUACAUAUUUAUUUGUUAUAUUUAAUUUCAUUAAAAAAACUGAAUUUUAAUAAAUUUUAUGAAAUAAUAAAAAAAAUAUACAUAAAAAUUGUUAUAAAACUUCA